CACAAAUUUCACAUUUGGUGAUUGAUUCAUCAAUCAUUGUAACUUUUGGUCUUUGAAGAAUGGCGGGGACUCCAUCAAGGCUUGAAGAAAUUAUAGCUUCACUUAACUGUUUCCGUGUGCUCUACGCCCCACAAGGCCCACAUCGAUAUGAAUCGCGUGGGGAAGAGCAAGAAACGUUGGAGAUUCGUCGAAAAUGGUUGCGGAAGAAACUAGAGAGGGCGAUGAAGGUGUUGUCAGAAAUUUUGGUGUGGCCAAAGAAGAGUUUUUCUUUGCGGAGGUUGAGGACGUGUAUUAGUGAAGCCAAGGAAAUGAAAAGGAAAAUGCAAUUCCAGUAUGAUCCCAAGAGUUAUGCGCUUAAUUUUGAUGAUGGAUCAAUAGAGGAGGAUGAUGGUGUUUUUCUUGAUUUCUCGGCUCGGUAUGCAUGUCCAUUAGGGAUAAACAAGCUAUAUUUGGAAUGGGAGCACAGUGAAGCUUAAACAUUCUUAAUUGAUUAAUAUUCCUGGGGAUUAAUUACCCAAGCGUUAUUGUUCCUCUUGUAAUUUUCAUAAUCAAAUAAUGUGUACAUAUAUAGUUAUAUAUAAAUGCUUUUUCUCUUCUAAUUCA